GCGAGGUUGUAUAUUAAAUUCGCGGUAUAAAACGAGUUGCGGUUAUUGUGCCGGUUGCAUUGUGCCUCUCCAGGUAUUGUACGGGAAAAUGUGUUUGUGUUUGAUGGUGACGAGCUUAGCUCGGUGAUUACUUUAAUUGCUGUGCCGGACUGCCAGGUUGCUGUUUUUGGAACAUGUUGGCGAGUGCGGUGGAAUCAUGUCGCGUUUUGACAUUUUUUAUAGGUGUAACAGAAGUAUGCUUCAUGUCGGCGCCAGUGGGCCAGUGCCUUUACUGUUGCCCCAGAAACGACACCCUGGAUAUACAAUACAAACUGUUCACCAGAAUAAAUCCGACGGUACCUCAAUCUGUACCAGAAACCGUCAAUGUUAAUAGUUUGGGACGAACAAGUUUCAACUUUAGUAAUCCUACAGUUAUAUACCUGAUGGGGUUCUCUGAAUCGAUUAGAGGAAUCAGCACCACCACUCUAAAAAAUGCUUACUUAUCAGCGGGCGAUUACAACUUUAUUGCUGUAGAUUGGUCCAGGCUUAUUGUGUUUCCUUGGUAUGUUACCGCGGUACGUAACACCAGACAUAUGGGCACACGAUUAGCAAGCUUCGUGCAGUACCUCGACAUAGCUGGUGUGAAGGCUGCCAGCCUGCAUGUUGUUGGUUUUUCUUUGGGAGCAGAGGCAGCAGGGUUUGCUGGUAAGGAGUUACGGAGGAGGGGACUUGUCUUAGGAAGAAUUACAGGUCUGGACCCAGCAUACCCCGGGUAUAGCUUGACCAACAGCAAUGACCACCUCGCUCGAGGAGAUGCCACAUUUGUCGACGUUCUCCAUACUAAUCCUGGAGUGUUGGGGUUCCCUCAACCCAUCGGUGAUGUGGACUUCUAUCCUAACUUUGGAACGUGGAUUCAACCAGGAUGUUGGAUUGACCAAUUGAUUAAAAAUAGACAAAUUUCAUUUCUUUAUGGAUGUAGUCACAACCGAUCAUGGCGUCUCUACGCAGAAUCUGUGAUCAACCCCAUAGGAUUUCCGGCAACGUUUUGCAGGAAUUGGAAGAAUCCACCGAUAUUGUGCAACUUUAGUACAGACGGGUACAUGGGCUUUGGAGCACAGCCGCCCAUGGCUGGGAAAAUGUAUUUGGAGACAAACGAAAUAUCGCCAUUUGCAAGAAACGGACCUUGAGUUACGCAGAAGAGAAACAGUG